AUGGAAACGAACUCUGAUGAAUCCGUCCGUCGACGACUUGAAGAGGAGCUCAACAUUAAAAUAUAUCCCGGAACGGAAAUUAUGCGAGAUGUGGGAUCUCAUAAUUUUAUCAAAUCUUCCGCCAACGGGGAUGCAGUUCUCGUCCCUCAGCCCUCCCCCAGUCCCCAUGAUCCUCUGAACUGGAAUCGCUGGUGGAAAUUGGGUGUCAUCUCGAUGACUACAGCCAUGUCUUUUUCGCAGGCUUUGGCGCCCCAGGCCGUAGCCCCGAUAUAUCCUCAGCUCAUGGAAACUUUCAACGCGAGUCUCCCUCAGGUUGUGCAAUUCGCCGGUGUUGGUAUCCUUGUUUUAGGGUUCAGCAAUUUCUUCUGGGUGCCCUUGAUGAUGUCGUACGGCCGAAGACCGGUUUUACUCGCUUCAACUGCACUUUGCAUGGCUGCUAACGCCUGGCGCGCUUUGGCCACAAGCUAUAACAGUUUCAUGGGGGCAUGCAUUCUAAACGGCUUUGCAGCGGGGCCUGCGGAAACAGCUCUACCCCAAACCAUCACGGACACUAUGUUUCUUCAUCAACGAGGCGCCUACCAGACACUUUAUUUCAGCUUCUACUUCGGCGGGCUCAUGGUUGGACCGAUCGUCUCCGGGCCCAUGUCGCAAGGGGCCGGCUGGCGCAGUUUCUUCUGGUUGAACACCGGCCUUCUGUGCACUAUUCUUCUGCUACUUCUCCUUUUCUGUCCAGAGACAAACUGGCAGCGCACUUUUCUCUCGGACACCGAGCAGUCUGUCGCCGUGCCUGUCAGAGGCGAGGACACUACUAAUGCAGACAGUCCAGAAAAGUUGGAAGUAGUUGAACUCGAACAGCACAUCGAACUGGCAAGCCCGGAAAAGACCAGGACGCAAGGCAACGUCGCCGACACCGAUUGCUGGUUGGGCAAAGGCUACCCCUCGAAGAAGCAGUUCAAGCUGUGGCAACGCGACAACAACCUUGGUUUUCAGAGUCUUCUAAUGCACGUCUUGACACCACUGGAGCUUCUUAUUUACCCAAUCCCUUGCAUAGCUUCAUUCAUUGUGUCGUGGACUUCGAAUUCCAUGUUGAUUCUACUCCUCACGCAGUCUCAGGCAUUUGCUGAGCCGCCAUACAAUCUGGGCUCUCGAACAAUCGGUCUUUUCAAUGUCGCUAUUUUGAUUGGCACAUUCAUCGGCCUGGCAACCAAUGGGCCCUUUUCUGAUUGGGUCUCCAUGAAGGCAACUAAGAGAAAUCCGGGCAUUCGGGAGCCGGAGAUGAGGUUACCUGCUAUGAUCCCGUAUCUGGUCAUUUAUAUCAUCGGGAAUUUUGUUGUUGCAUUCGGAUAUCAAUACAAGUGGUCCUGGAAGAUCAUUGUCAUUAUCGGGUAUAGCUGUGCAGGUAUCCAAGUCGCCACGCUUCCUUCUAUCAUAAGUACCUACGCUGUCGACAGUUAUAAACGAGUUGCUGGGAUGCUAUUUGUCACGAUUACAAUCAACAAGAACCUGUGGGCAUAUGGACUUACUAAAUUCAUUACCCGAUGGAGCGAGGCCAGUGGGUUUGUUAUACCUAUGAUGAUGAAUAUGGCACUCGCCCUUUUUUUUUGUUCACUCACGAUUGUCUUCUACUUCAAGGGAAAGACUUUCAGGAAAUGGACAGCCAACUCCAAGGUUCACCGCAUGUAG